CUCCACCUAGAGGCCGGAAGAGUAAAUUAGGCUUUUUCAGAGCAACUACGGAUGUUUGUUAAAUUCGUGCUACUGGUGUCUACUCUUUAUCGAUACAUAACCAUAUACAACUUCCCUUUUACUUACUAAAUCGACAUUCAGAGAUAAAUCAGCGUAUAAUUUGCUACGAACGGCGUCGUUUCAAUAUGCCUGCACCGCGACUACUAGCGACGCCAAACGGAACUGCACGCGGGACGCAAGAUGGACGCUAACUCUUGACUUUCUGUUUCUUUUUCGUUUCGCAUUUGCUCGCGCGAGCUACUCUCUUCUAGAUACCGCGCCGUCCCUCGAGCAGACGGCGCGCGCUGUCGAAUCAACUGGAAUCCCCGUCAGAAUUCGAAUUCCGUUAAGAACAGUCCUUCAGACCGAUUCGCUGGCAGCCAUUCGAUUCCACAACCCAACGUUUGCUGUCUUUAUGUGGAUUCGCUUCCUGGUUGCAACACACAAUCACACAGCACAAUUCUAGUCCUUCAAAACGCAGUUCAGCUCGAGAGACCAGUCGUCGAGCAUAAUAUUUAUCCCUAUAGCUUUAAAUAAACAUUUCAUAACUGUUUUACGAAAAGGUAGUAUCUUUUUAUUCGUUUAAGCGGAAUGUCGUGAGCCGUCGAGGAUUAGAAAUAUCUAAUAAAUCGAGUGCAAAGCGUAAACCUGGGAUCUAUGCCUCGUCUUCAUGGAGAAUGUGACUACUCGAUCAACAGAAGGUCUUCUGCAGCCUGUGCAUCCAGGCUCAGUAACCUUUAAUGAGAGUAUUCUAGCCCCACUUCAAAACAACUAUUUGUAUGAGGAAUCAAGAGAAUGUUUCACAUACAACUCUGCCCAUUUGAUCAACAACGGCGCUUUACAAAAACGGUAUGCUGCAUUUCGUUCCGAGAAACGGGAAAAAGGAUAUUCUGAACAGGAACUUGAAGAGUCAUUUGGCUUCCUGUUGCUUGAUGAUGCAAACAGGGCAAGGAAAAUUGGCAAAACAGGCUUGUUGGUUGGACAAGCAAAAUGCACUACUCUUGGAGAUUCCUCGAAAGGUGUCUACAUCUCAAAAUACUCGGACUGCCUUGACCUGAAGCGCUGGUAUGAUGGGAAGACAGGCUACAUAGUCCUUAUGAAGCUGACCAAGGGGAGAGUGAAAGAGGUUACAGACAACUACACCCAGAAUUUCACUCCUCCGACAGCUGGCUACGACUGCCACAUAUCAGAUCAGCUUGGUGCUGUGUCUUCAACUACUAGUUCUUUCUUGGCUUAUGAGCGAACACAGUACUAUAUGUAUGAACUCCGUGAUGGAAGCAAUGAAAUAGACACUUGUCCAAGAAAUGCUUGUCCGUUUGCCAUUGUGGCAUUCUCAUAUGGGAAGAUGAGCACCACGCCAGAGUUGGAGCAAAAAAGCCAAGACAAAGCAGUGUUUCAUUACCAGCCAUGGAUUGGCCAGUUCAAGAUUGAAUCUGCUAUCUAUGAUGUUGGUCUUCAGUCUUCGAGCGGAGCCUGGUUCCCAGCCAAACUCCCAAAGACGGUUGAAAUUGACCAUGCAAUUUGUGUGUCUGAACUGAAGAGGACCUUGCCACGCGAAAUCUUUGAAACUUACAUUGUGGGUGAAGUUUGCAUAGAUGGUAGAUGUUUCAACUUGUAUGACGUUGUGUCCUCUAAGGCGAAAAAUGACCUGGCUCAGAUAGCCCAAGAGCUGAAGGAAAAAGAUAUGGCUCUUGUUAUCCCUCUGGAAGAUUCUGGGUUUCUUAUACUGUUACACUCUUCGCACCUCUUCUCUUAUGAAGAUGCAAAGUCGGGUAAGGCAGCAGCACUUCAAGGCAUGUUUAUUUUCCCAGACUCAAGAACUGUGCCAAGAGAUGCCAAGACUGACCUGCAAAAUACUAAGCUGUCAACAGAAAUAAUGCAAGUAAUCCCAGCGCUCAACUAUGCUGAAACAGAGAUGGAAAAAUGUCCUCCAAACCAGCAGGGGCGCUCUCAGAUGUCUUUAGAGAAGCAUUUGCAAGACUAUGGCACUCUUUUUCACCCAGGGCUAUUGGAUGUUCCCACCAGGGAAGCCAGUAUGUUUCCAGAUCAAUAUGAUGUGCCUGGUGGUUUUACCCUAAUAUCGCCUAAAUGGUCACAGGAGGCUGGCACUCAAUUAAAAUCCUAUUUUGAUGAGCCAUGUGGCUUUACUAUUCCAGUAGGGAGGGCAUUGGAGUUACUCACUGCUGGUCGACAACAGCGUGGUGAUGAUCACGACGAUGAUGUCUAUUAUUGUAUAUCAUCACCAGAGGAGGUGCCGCAGACUGAAGACCACAUUGAAAUGGAGGUGACAAAGCAAUCUGAGGCCAUCAGUGAUGCCUCUGACAGAAUAGCUGAAAAAGUUAAGAGACAAAUAGAUGAGCAAAAGCAUUUGUCCACAGAGCAGCCUCAAUCUGCUUUGCCAGACGGGCUUGGACAGCUGGGAACAGCUGUAGUUACAGUAGCUGACAGUGUGUUGGAAUAUCCAACUUCCACAGUGUCACCCAGAUUGGGUGAUGUCCCUGCAGAGAAUUGUGUAAGUAUUGAGAAUGAUGUUGAGAAAACAUCGCAAGGUAGUACUAAAGGAGAUGCUGAUGGAGUCGGCGUAUCUACAAAAGAGACUCCCAUCCAAACAAGCAGUACACCAUUAAUCAAAUCAACAGAAGAAGGUGCUGCUGGGGGGAUGAAGGAUAAUACACAUCCUGAGAAAACCAUGCCUGAUGCUGAUAAGAAAGUAAAUCGGAGGUCUUUUACAAGGCGUAGAGGUAGCAAGCGUAAAACUCGUCGGAAAACCUUGCAGAAUAAAAAAGAAGUUCAAAAAAACAUUGCUUUACCAACUUCAAGUUUGCCUGUCGAUUUGCCAGUGAAUUCUCCCGAUGACUCUACAAAAGACCCAAUUAAGACUGAAACCGUGCAUGCUGAUGACAUCAAUCAAAAACCCCAUUCAACUCGUAGAGGCAAGGGACGCAGGCAAAGGGGUGUGAAACGAAAUCUGAAAAGUAAAGCCAGACAAGCACAAGACCCUUUAUUAAGUGUGACAACUGAAACUAUAGAUGAUCAAAGUAUAAGUCCCUCAAAAAGAGAUUGGCGGUCACAUCCAAGGCGCAAGAGAUUGUGGAAUACAGAUGCCAGUCUGAAACGGUCUUUGAGAUCAGAUGCUGUAAAGAAUGGCAAGAAGACUAUAGUGAAUUUACAGCACAAUGAAACAAAACAAAGUUUGUCUAGUACACCCAAGAGGAAGAUGGAGGGAUUUAACUUGAGGGAACGAUAUGGCCUAAAGACCAUAAUCACAAACUGUGGUAGAGUCUUUGUCCCACAUGGUUCAGAUGCUGACAUAGAAUCUGCACAAAAGGAGAAAACACAUGUUGAGAUGAGCAUUGACACAAAUGCAGAAACAAUUUUUCAUCUGGAAAACAAAUCCAAAGAAAUAGUGGAAAGUAAGGGAGAAUCUCCCUUGAAGGGUAAGGAAGAAUUGUCCUCUAAAGAUCCACUGUUUAGUGAAGACAAAGACGCAGACAGCACUUCUAAAGACAUGCCAAAUGCUCUCUUGUCAGCAUUAAGGAUACUGAGAAAACUUCACAAGACCCAUCCAUCAGAAAGUGACAAAAGUCAGGAUAUAUGUCCAGAAAAGUCCAUGAAUGCUGCAUCAAACGUGGCUGUAGGUGUACAACAAAAUAACAAAGAUCAUCCUGUUGCUGUUCAAGAGGAUGCAACUUCCAGUGUUCCUGGAGUUUCUGACCAAUCGACGUCCCCGGACCCAAAAGUAUCCUCUCCUGACAAAAUCAAAAAGAAAGCAAAACGUGAUGUGUACAGUGCAAUAUCUAUAAGCAAAUUGAAGACGGUGCUCAGAAGGGGAAAGAGGGUGAAAUCUCCUUCCCCUGCUGACAAUGCAAAAUCUGAGUCAGAUAACGCAGGCACAGAGUCAAAAAAAGUAAAAUUGGGCACCAUCGUGGAUCUGAAGUGUGAUACUGCCCAAAAUGAGCUGACAGGCAAAGGAUCGCAACCCAUAAAUGAUGAGGCACAGCAUGCACCAAUGAAAGGUGUGGAGUUGACAAAACAACCUGUGUCUUGGAGAGGUCUUAUUCACAAGGCAUCAAAAGAAAAUGGGUCCCUCAAUUUUGACACAUCAGCACCUUUUGAAAUAGCUAAACACGCUGACCCGCAGCUCAUUUCUUCAGUUAUUGGGGAUGGGGUGGGAAGGAGACGAAUUAGCACUGAUGGCAAAGCCAGUGCAGAGAGACUGAGCACGGGUGCAUCUCUGCCCUCAGAUGCUUUGAGUUUACUGGCUGACUUGGCCCUUGGUGCGAGUAACGAUAAAAUGUUAAAAAACUUAGAAGCCAAAGCUGGCCAGGAGGCCCUUGAUGGAGUGAAGGCUAGCGGCUCCCCGGAGUCAGUACUUCAUGCUCUUCUUCAUUAUCCAUCCGCCAGAUUUAAAUUACCCCCCAGGUCUCCUUUCCCAGAAGGUCUUUUAGUGACUGGGGAACUGAUUUUGGAAAUAUCAAAAGAACAUUCUUACUCACAGCCCACCUCUCCGCUGUCAGGUUUGUCAGGUCCAUCUCUCAAGGUUUCUUUUCCAUCUGGAAGUGUAGAAUCGCCUCUGUCAUUGAAAACUGGGCUUCAUCUGAACCUACCCAAAAAUGCCGUGGCCUCAUGUCAUCAAGAGGAAGGGGGAAAAGCAGAAUGGAAGCAUUUGAUUUCUCCAAAUAAGCCAUUGUCAGAGAUCCUCAAGACAAAACCGCGGAGAUCAAGAAUUUUACGCAACAGAAACAUAAUCGAAAAGGAGGGAAUAAUUCAAGUGACGAGGAUUUGGAAAGAACCAUAUGAUUUUAAAUUUGACAGCAAGCUCACCAAUGACUGUAAAGACAAAACUGUCACACGAGCACUUCAUGGGAAAUGGAACUUCAACAUUGAAGAUACCUAUGAGGAUGUCCAUCUCAUUUUUCACAUGUGGAUUGGUCUUUUCUAUAGUAAGACCACGUCCAGGUUAUUUCACCUUGAAAAUUGCGCUGCACUUCCAAAGGAGAAGAAGGUUGAAAUGGUUCAUUUGGACAUAAAUGCUAUUCAGAAUGCUGUGUCUUUGCUCAAUGUUGAUUUAAGCCAGAAAGUGGACUCGGCCAAGCCCGUUUCAUCAGAAGUUUUGGAUCUUUCUGUGAAAAAUGAUGAGCCUGCAAAUCUUCAUUUAGUCUCAAAUCAGACCACAAGAAAAGACACUGCAUCACAACCUGGUGAAAUGUCAUUUUAUAAGCAUAAAACGGCACCAAGGCAUUCACCUUCUGGGACAAGUCUCUCCUCCAGUCCGAAAGUUACAGCAUUGGCGAAUUAUAGAACUAUAGAUGUAGAUGUACCAGUGGAAAAUUCAGUCCCUGACAAUGAUGAUGACACUGAUGAUGAAAAUGACGUCACCAUGGACUGCUCAUAUUCAGAGCACUUGGAAAAAAACAGUGCAUACAACAAGUUGUGUGAGCAAGCAUCAAAUAUGAGAAUAGGUGUUCGGAUACUUCACCCAAAGGUCAGAAAUGCUACAAAUAAUAAAGCAUCCACCAGCGUGGCCACUUCUGGUCCCCAAAAAAUUGGUGUUUUCCAUCAAAUUGUUGGUCCCAUAAAACCAUCAGCAUUCUCAAAACAAUGCCGUCUGAUUUUGGGUAGGAAAAGUUUUGAUCUGGGUUUAAAGAAUCAAACUGGGCAUGUACCGCAUGUAAUACUGCAAAAGGAGAAAGUGUCUGACAGUGCAGAGAGUAAAGAGAUUUUUGAAGCAAAGAAAGAAAGAAAUAAAGAUGGGUGCCCAGAAGCUCUGGUUAAUGAAAAUGUUGAUAAGACUGUUGAACUUAAAACUGGAGCAUCCGUUUUGGUGGAGGAAGAGAGUGUAUCUGUAGCUGAAGAGAGUGUAUCUUUAGCUGAAGAGAGUGUAUCUUUAGCUGAAGAGAGUAAAGCUGUAUCACAUGAAGAUAGCCGGGAUAGAUGUCUGACAGUGAUGGAAGAUGGAAGUGUUGAAGAAAACAUGACUUCCCAAAUGCCUAGCCAAGAUCAGACUAGUAUUGCAGAUCAUAAAGGAACUGUUCAAGUAAAGGAAGAUCUUAAAACUACACUAGAUCUAAAAGAUCAUGCAGACAUGGUCGAUGAGCCAAGAGAUGAUUCAUCACAUGAAACUAAUGUUGAAGAGCAUAAUGAGACUCCUCAUAUAAUGGAAGAACCUAAACCUGUACUAGAUGACACAAGUCUAGUUGACCAUGUUGACGAGCUAAGUGAUAUUUCAUCAGAUGAGACGAGAGCUGAAGAGCUUAAUGAGACUUCUAGUACAAAUGAAAAACUUAAGCCUGUACAUGAUUUGAAAGAUCACGCAAAUAUGGCUGAUGAGCUGAAAGAUGCUUUAUCAGAAGAGACUACUAUUGAAGAGUGUAAUGAGUUUUCUAAUGCCAAAGAAGAGCUUGAUCUGAAAAAUCAAUCAAAUGUGGUUGAUGCAUCAUCCCAUGAAACUGAAGGUAACAACACUAAAGAGCCUGUGAAAGCGAAUAAAGGUUUUACAGAUGAGGAAAUGAUGCAAGAAAGUGAGAAUAAAUCAAAGGAAGAGGCAGACCUGGUUGGCAGUGAUACUGAACAUGAGACGUCCACAGCAAUGGAGGAAUAUCUAGAUGACUUUACUUUGGUUUUGGAGGAUGAUAUGGAAUUCAGUGACGAGGAUUCUGAAACCAUGGUACAGAAGGAAGUUUAUGAACAAAACAGCUCCACUGAGAAAUCAUCUGCCUUCACCAAUGAUGAUCAUGACAUGAAGAUGCAGAAGAGUGAAAAACAACCUAAGACACCAGAGGCGGCAAACCUGGUAGAUGGUGCCCUUGACAAAUGUAGAAUAGAUUCAUGUCCAGGUGAAGAUCAGCUCAUGUCUGUUCAAGAGAAACACACCCUAGAUGCGAAUGAUACUUCUGAUGGAAUGCAUGAUGAGGGUGAAACCAAGACUACUGAGCAGAAUAUAGUGGUCCAGCAAGAGGAUCUUGAUGUUUGUCACGAUGUGUCAAAACCAACAAGUACUGUUAAACCCACCAAAACAGAUAUAAGUCAUUUAGAAAAAGAUGACGAAAGAGAUUUAGGCCAACAAGAUGCAUUUAAAGUCACUGGUGAGGAUGAUACACUUUUUGAUGAGAAUGAAACACAAAGUCAAGAUUCUUGUGUAGAUCAAUUGAUCGACUCAAACCAAGAAUGUCUUUCCCUAAAAAUCUGUGCAUCACCCCCAAAUACCAUGACUGACUCUCGUGAUGAAGCAGUUGCUCUAAUUGACAAACCCUCAGUAUUGGAGGUAAACAGCAUGCUCUCUACUCCCACUCGAGAUGAAAUUCCAUGUUAUCCAGAGGUAAACAAAAGAUUCAGGAAAGAGGAUUUGAAUAGGGACUUGUACUACCAAGACGACACGGAUCACGCUGACAUGAUGCCACCUAAAAGUCCAGUAAGCCCUCAACCCCAUGUUUCUACCACAAAGCCAUUAUCUGACUUUACAGGACAUUAUGAAGAAGUCCACAUUGACAACCUAAGGUGGAGUAGGAACAAAUACACUGGUACAGUGGAUUUUAAAGAUAAAUCUGCAACAACUACUGAGCAUUCACCCGAGGAAGACUCUUUUCCGUUAAAGCACAAACUCUAUCCCACCUCCCAACAAAAAGAUGACUGUAACUUCAUAGAGGGUGCAUCUCAAAAUGAUUCUGAACUCUAUUACAGAGACGAUUUACAUGGAUAUUACCACAGAUCUGAUGAAGAUGUGCUAUGGUAUGAUUUCCAUGCAGAGGAAUCCGUUGAUCACCAAUUUUACUCAUGUGGAAAUGACUCUGGUGGUGACAACGAUUCACCCAUUUGUUCCAAGUACAUAACAUCUGAACUCAACUAUUCCUACAAGCACAAAAAGCAUGCAAAGACAGAGAGGGAUGACUACUGUUGGGCAGAAAAGAAUUCUAAAUCGGACCCUCUAUCUUACAAAUACCCAAUAAAGGUUACUUGUACUGCAGACUAUGAGACCGAAGCCCGAAGUUCAAAAAAGAAGUCUCGAAAAAGAAAAUUCUGUCAAAAUGUUGAGUGGGAUGAUGAUUCUUCUGACAGCAUUAAAAAAUCAUCGUACUUUGAAACAUAUCAAACAAAGCCAACUAGGUCAUUCACAGUUAGUUCCACUUCACAUGUUAAGCCAAGCACCCAGCAAUUUGACUGGCGCAGGUAUUUCAGAAGGGAGGCAACUUGCAGUCAGCUAUUAGAUGCGAGUGAGAGGGAUAACAAAUUUGACAUUCAACCCUCAUCCAUUGUUACCAUUUUGGACAGGAAAGGAAACCGUGUUAUAUUCAAUAACUCUCCCACCAUGAAACCAUCUUUUGAUGGAAGUAGUUUGACUAAGGGACUUGAAGACUCUUUUAAUGAAUGGCAGGAACAACAAAGUAAGGCUGACGUGACCCGGUCUGCACUUGAUUGCGAGUACCUCAUCUUCUCUCAAAAAAUUAAUCGGGUUCUGAAUGAAACUAAGAGCUCUACCAUGUCACACUGUAGGUCAAAUCCUGACCCGGCUUCAUGUCCCAUGACUGUUCGGUUUUCAAAUCUCAGUGAAGUAGAGAGUUCCGCUGAACUUUGUAAAGCACAACUAUCACUUACCGAUUUUAAGAUUAAAGUGGACAUGUCUGAUAGGAAAGAGAUGAGGGAGUCCGUGAGAAACCGUAAACCACAUCUCCAAAGACUUUUCUGUGAAAAAGGCAGUAGUGUUGAGUUCUCCGGGAUAUCAGAAAUAACAGAGCAAUGCGCUGUUGCAUACAAGUCCAUGAUGAACGAUGUCUGCAGCGGGAAGACUCUGCCUCAUCCAACUGAGGCAAGAAAGAGGAAGUUUGAUCGGGAUAGAGUUGGCCGUUAUUCUGGAUUCUGUGGUCGCAUCAAGAAAGAUGUUUUUGACAGUCCAAAGUCUAUUGUGAGUCAAGCUAAGAUUAAGUACAGGUUUUAUAUCCUUGUCACAUCAACAGAUACCUUCUUUGAAGAAACCAAGAACCUUUUGGAGAUUGAGGGCCACAGACCGGUUGAGCCAGACGAGUUUGACCUCAAUGGUGAUGAUCAAUCCCCUUUGCUCAUUAUACUGAGAAAUGAGGACAUUGCAGAGCACACAUGUAAGGUGCCUUAUUUGCUGGAAUUAAAGAAGUCUCCCAGUGUCCUGUUUGCUGGCAUCGACCGACCCGAUGAUGUGGUGAACUUCACUCACCAAGAGCUUUUUGCUAAGGGAGGCUUUAUAGUAUGUGAUGAAUUGGCUCUCAACACACUUACUCUAGGUGACAUGAAAAAAGUUGUUGGGAUUCUGGAGGAGUUAGACAAGCAAGGGAAAUGGAAAUGGUUUCUGCACUACAGAGACAGUCGCAGACUUCGGGAAAAUGCAAGGUCCAGUCCUGAAGCAAGUAAGAAACAGCAGUUUCUAGAUUGCUAUCAGAAAGCUGGCAUAGUCGAGGUCUUGCCCUAUCAUGACUGUGAUGUCAUGUCACGGGACCGACCCGACUAUCUCUUUUGUUUGACUCGACUUCAGAUCCAAAAUGCCUCUGUUCGCUUUCCCGUGUUUAUUACAGACACACCAACUGAAUCUUUUGGAACAAAUGGAAUUUUAACAAUGAACAUUUACACAUUCUUACGAAUCAUUUCAAACGAUACGUGUUCUGUGUCAUAAUAUUGUGUGUUAUGUUUCGUUUUUUGUUUUUUGUUUUCUUCAAAAUCCACUGUCCAAAAUCCAGGUGUACUUAACAUUGGUAAGUACACCUCUGUUAAUAGAAAUAAUUUAUUGUUUAGCAUAAAUGUUAAAGCAUUUAUCUCUGUUACUCAUGUGAAAUUGCUUAACAUUUAUAAGUUUUCCACUGAGACCUUUACAGUUUAUAAUUCAACGUAAAUGUACAAAUAUUAGUCAUGAAAGUGUUUUAGUAUGUUUUUACCUGACGUCGUUUUUUUAUAAAUGAAAUUUGACUGAAACGCUAAUAAAUGAGCUGAUUUAA